AUGGUUAGUCAUCGACUUUCGCUCAACAUGCCCCCAGGCGCUGCCGCAGCACAAACUUCCCGUGCCAUAGACGAGUCGAUCUUUGAAUUGAAAGAAGUUCACAAUACGAUCAAAUACGACUGGCCCCAGUUUCUUGUAGAGGAUGCCAAUCCGAUAGAAGUGGCCGUCGCGCUAUUGGACGACACUUCAGUCGGUUUAGCACAUCGUUUCCCAGAGUUCCAGCAUAUUAUGAAGGGGACCGAGACAGCAUUAAGACAUGUAGUUAACGAGCAUCAUGAGCUUUUUAACAACUCUAUCGGUUCAUAUCAUUUGCUUCUUUCUACGCUUCAGGAUUCGCAUUCGGAUGCUGGUCAGAUCAAACAGAUGUUGGAACUGACAGCCAAAGACGUACAGGAUCGGUCUGAGAGUUUAACGGAUUUGAGUGUAGCGUCGGCUCGGUACUCGGAGAUGAUAGAGAUCCUUGAUGCCAUAUCAGAGGUAACAGCGAUCCCCAACAAGAUCGACCAGUUGGUGGAAGAAAAAAAGAUUCACGAAGUGUAUGAUGUCAUAUCGAAUGGAUAUAAGAUCGCAGAAAAAUACAACUUGUGGAGCUUGCUGGCGAUGGGAGCAAUGCAGAGUUAUCUUGAAAUCCAGUCCAACAACUUGUUUGACAUGAUUGUAGACGAAUUGCAAAACGAAAUUUACCAGAAAGGAGGUUCAGCUGCUGCUUCCUCAAACAGUAACACCGACAGCACCAGCAACUUCUCUUCGUGGAUGUCGUUGGUGAACUCAUCGAAUCCAAAGCUUGCACUGUUCAAGGCUUUAGUGACAGAGCUGCACAACUUGGAGCAGUACGUAUAUAACUCGGCAAAUCUCGACAUCUCAGAGGUGGUUGAGGUGUUUUCCGAGCCCGUUGAGAAAUUUGUAAGUCAGCAGUUGCCGUCAGUACAUGCCCAUUAUAGUAGCACGGAUGGAGGCUCUGAGAUCAACUACUCUAUCUUACUUGAUGCGGCGCUGACGUCCUCGGCCCAAUCAUUCCACUAUAUCUACAUGCUCUUGCACACGGCUGCUAAACUCAGUAGACUUCAUCAGGUGAUCGAGAUUUUAAUUAACAGCAACCAACUGGAACUUCACGGUUUGAUCAGUAGGGCUACUGAAACAGUAAAGCUGAGAAAUGGUAUAGCGCUUGCAAAGUUGGCCAAGUUGCAGAAUUAUGAGCAGACGUCUAUUGCUGAUGUGAUAGGCAACAACAGCUUUAGCGAUUCUGCUGUUGUCGUUCUCCAGGACUUGUUUGGGUCCAUUUUCUGUAAGGCAUUGGCUGUGUUCCAGCGCCACAAAGUAGUAUCUGAAGUCGUAAAUCUCUUGGAAUCUGAUAUCCACAACAGUUCGUACAACUUGCUCAGUGUGUGGAACAUGUUGAAGAAAGAGCUCCAGGCGUUGGUGCUCAACUACAUCCAUGGAGACUCGUUGGUUCUAGCCGAGAAUUCGAACGAGUUGUUAAAAGUCAAAAAUAAGAGCAAAAUCUAUGACAUUCUCAGCAAAAAGGACUCGUUUAGAUUCGAAGAUGUUUCCUACAAAAAGUCUACAAAGACUACUAACGAUCUCCUGACUAUUCUCCAGGACAUGUUCCCUGGAUUUGUACUACAAGAUUCUUCUGGUAAGAAGUCCGGACUCAUUGACUCGUCUUCUCCAUACAUCCAGAAUGAGAAUUUCAACGCCAUGGUGGAGGUGUUGGUUCCAAAGAAUCUUUACAAUAUGCGGAUCAUCCUUGAGCCUUUUCUCAUAUUCAUUGAAGGCUCACAGAGACUUUUUUCGGAUUUCCUGAAUCCCACCAAAGCCCCUGCCAACAAGUUAGCGUUGCAGUUCUUUGAAGAUUUCAUGAAGAUCUCGUUUUUGUCGCACGUCAGAGAGAGUCUAGAAUUCUCAUUCCGCGAAUAUAUAGGAGGCACAUAUAUACGCUCAGAACACGACAAAGGUGGGGUUACACAUAUCACAGGGCUCAAGUUGGACUUGGUUUCGCUUACGAGAAAUACUGAUUUGGGUAUAAUCACCGCUAAGCAGCCUGCAGAUUCUCCAAGCUCUACGGUAAUUUACGAGAAUGCUUUGAACUUCAAGAAGAUUUUCCUCAACAUCUGCCUGAUUCUCAACACUUCACUUACGUACAGACGAGAGUUCAGUGACACGGCCCUCAACUUCUUGGAAAGCUUUGCCAUGGCUUACAACAGCUUUUACCAGGAGUUGUUAUCAACUGGAAACGUCCUGCACAACAACUACAAUAGUGCUAUUGACUCUUCCAAUAAGCCAACCCUGAGAAUAAGCAGAUGGAUGCGUAUUCCUGCUUUGACGGAAAUAAGUGGAGUUGUGCUUCAUGCCAAUGCUCUGGCAAGCCUACAAGAGUUGGAAGCGUUGAUCGUGAAAGAAAACGCUAUUAUUCUCUCUGAUAGCGAAGUUCCAGCCAGAGCCUUUGACAUUAACAAGGACGAUUUGCUUGAUGUCGAAUCGUUCAAUCAAGUCUGCUACUUGUUGUUGACAACGUCGUGGAUCUUGAAGUGGCUUCCUUCUAUCAAGAAGCAGUCCAACUAUCUGGCCUAUGAAGACGAUGACACCGUCAAGAUAUCUGUUGUCGACAAAUUGCGUCAUAACUGGUCGUUCUUGGAAAAUGGCAGAUCUGGUACAAACGUGGGCGCAGGUAAUGUAGACGUAAACCAGCAAAACAUCUUCUUGGCUCUCAAUUCCGAGAAAAUCCAACGCUUUGACGAAUUGGUUCAAGUGUUUGAGUCUAUAAGAGACAAGACAUUGCUUGCUCUUAGAUACGAUUUGCGUUGUAAAUCUAUCUACUACAUAGGUAGAUCAUUCAAAGAGUCUGAUUGGAUUCCUACAACAGAGCCUGGCGAUGCUGACCCUCCUGUAGCUUUGCUUAACAAGGAAGUAUUUUCUAUAGAUGCCAAGUUGAGCAAAACGUUGACGACGUUGGAAAGGGAAGGAAUAUUUGUGGGUUUGCCGGCUUUCUUGAACCAGUUGCUUAUACAGGGCUCGAUAUUGGUUCACAAGGUCAACACCAAUGGUAUCAAGAGGAUUCUUUUGAAUAUCUUCACUUUGCUGCAGAUGUUGAGAAACUUGUCGAGUAAUCCAGAGACGGUGGACUUCAAUAAGUCGUCGAAGUACUUUGAGUUGUUCACCAUGAACGAGUUCAACAUGUUGAACCAGAUCCGAGCCAACGAGCAGAAAUUCACGCUAGGCGAGCUCAACAACAUGGCUAGGUUAAUUUAUAGCGAGAAGUUGGCAGAUGGAAACGGGACACAGUUUAAUAAGACCAAGUAUAGUGACUUGUUGAAGAAGAUUUCUGAAUUAGUGAAGAGCUAA